AUGGAUUUUCGACGUAGCGAGUUUAAAGAGUUGGACGAAACGUUUGUCAAAAUAAUGUCGACUAUAAUACCGGCAAAACCAGCAAAAGAGUUGAUCUCAACGAUGGAGUGGUUGAAGGAAUGCAUAUUAUAUAACGUUCCGCACGGAAAGCGCAACAGAGGUCUGGCAGUGGUCUCGACGUAUCGUAUUCUCGCUGAACAACAGGCGAAGACACCGACGCCUCAAGAGCUAGAGUUGGCGCGAGUGCUCGCCUGGACCGUCGAGUUUCUUCAGUCAUACUUUCUCGUUGUCGACGAUAUGAUGGAUCAGUCAAUUACACGACGAGGACAGCCCUGUUGGUACAAACUGGAAAACCUUUGA